AUGUCACAGCUUUGGGUUGCCUGUGCUGAAGCAGGCCCACUUGCCGGGCUACCCCCAGGAAGGAUCCAAGGAAUCGCUCAGCGUUUUCAUGCCUUCUACCGAGCAUUUAGGUGCUUCCGCAGGGUCCUACGGUAUCAGCACACGACUCUCGAGUCGUACCAUGAAUAUCAACAAACCUGGGACGAAUGCAAUGACUUUCUUCAUCAUAAUCCAGGAUUGUGUCGCCAAGACACAACGCCUCAGACGAACUUGCUGCACGAAAAUGCCUGCUAUGUCUACAACUCCUCCGAUCUGGACCUCCUUGAGAGGCGUCUUGAUUUACAGCUGCAUAUCAUGAAUGCAAAACUGGAUGACAUUAUUUUUUACUCUGAAAUCGUCGCUAAUAUGCGCGCGAAUCAAAGAAAUCUGUUUUUAGUUAUCCUUCGACAAUCCGACAUGCAUCGUAUGCCUCAAAUGAUAAGCACCGAGGCUGCUCCUCAAUAUGAAGUCACCUUACCAUCGGCCCUCACACCCGUCGAGAAAAAUACGUGGCCUCUUUUCCGACAUCUCGUUGAGCUCCGUGAGGCUCUCAAAAGAACAAGAGCGCCCCCUCUGAGCUCAGUGCACUGUGAGAAGCUGUGGAUCCUCGUGGUAGCAAGAUUUCGAGACCACGAGUUACCUUUCCAAGGAUCGCAGUUGAUGUUCUCCAGAGACUUCAAGCUGAGCGAUAGGAAAAUGUUGCGCGAGUAUUCACAACAAACCUUGAAACAACGGCAGUCCAGUUACCGUACCCAGAAACCCUCUCCAUACCUACGACGACGUGUUUAUACUCAUGAAGAGGAUGGGCCCUUGGCAACCCUACAACCUGACUCUCUUGAAGAAGAAGAGUUCCUCCAUACAGUAGACGUUGUCACUUACUUGGGAAAUCGGUGCAUAGUGAGUACCAGAAUCGACACAGGAUGGGGACUUGUGCAGCAUCUUCCACCGAUCAGUGAGAUCCACCCCUAUACGAAGCACGAACGUUUCCGGGCGCCUCAAAUUCGCCUGUAUGAAGCCUGCAAUGUUGAGGAAGUUGAUGAUGCUGAGUUAUGGCGACACAAAGGACGCAAACCGUCAUAUAACUUUGAGUCCAAGUCUGAUGCGAUUGCUUUCCAAUGUGCACUCCGAGGCAAGGUUUUGGUGCAUACGUUCCAUGUCGAGGACAUUACUUCCGAAAGGGGCUCAGAGAGUACCGCUCAGCCACUGAAACUUUGGUCUGAUCUUGACGGCAGAAACAAAUCAAUUUCCUUCUUGGUUCAAAAGAGCAAACCAUACUAUCACAUAGAUGUCCCUCUGCUGCUCCUGGAUAGUUCAAUCCACACAAGCGAAGCAGGGAGGAAGAUUCGAGUUGACUUUGCUUCUCAGAAACCUAAGAAAGGAAGAAACUCAACGAGCAAGACCGGUCUUUUAAGGCGGUUCAGUGACUUGCUUCGUCACUCACCACCUGAUACAGAGCCAGGAUUUGCAAGAAGAGACUCAAGGCAGGACAUGACGGAUACCAUUGCCGCAGAUGACGUGUCAACACAAGAUACCCAAUUCUUACUUUCCCUGGGCCACCUACGAUUUGAGUUUUCCACCCUCGAGGAUGGAGGUAUAUUUCAGGAAACAUUGGAGAGUUUUUUCUCAGAGACCCGUGAGACAGAGCCAUCUUUUGGCCAACCUCCGUCGAUUUCGCGAGAGAAUUCAGAAGGCGGCAGAUCACCGUCGAUCGUGGUUGUUCCUGAGCCUGAUCCUGAUCCUCACCCUGAUGUAAAACCCAAAAGGAAGUCUUUGAAAAGCCCGUUAGAUCCACUAAAUCCACCUUUACCAAACAUUACCAAAGACUUGGACUACCGGGUGCGAGGAAUUAAGCUUGAAUACGUGGGUCCUGAUUUACUCGUGUAUCUCAGUCGAAAACUUGGUAUUGAGCCGACCGUCGAGGGACGCGUGAAAGCCCUGGCCACAAGUCAGACCGGUGACAAGGUGGCAGUGGUAGCGUGGAGGCCACAACCAGCGUGCUUGUCGACGCCUGGAAAGGAUGAAUGGGAUUUUGGACCCACCUCUGACGACGACGAUUUACACAUCACCGUCGAUACACAUUUUCGUGGAGUAACGAUUCUUUACUCUCCGCCUCCGGAUGUGCCUCACACGAUCGAUAUAUGCGCCAUUGCCGGCCUUGGAGGUCAUGCUUGGGGAUCAUUCAAAUACAAGGGUGUAUCUCAGUCUUUCAUGUGGGUGCUGGACGGCCUCCGAGACAAUCUUCCGAACGCCCGGUUGAUGACCUACGGGUCUAAAACAAGGCUUGAUGGGAAUGAGUCAACACAAACAUUGGAAGAUUUGGGCAAACUUUUACGGGAUGAGAUGCGCAGUGUCACAAGGCGUCGAUCCCAGUCGGUUUUAAGCUCUACAUCAUCUCACCUUGGGACGGCCUUUGCCGUUCCUUCGUACUUCAUCGCCCACAGUCUUGGAGGGUUGACUGUGAAAGAGGCCCUAUUGCAGGAAAAGAAGAAUGAAGAACCUGAGAGUUUCAUCGACAACUUCCAGGGAGCCCUCUUCUUCGGUGUACCUAGCCACGGCAUGCAUGUCAAAGUUCUAGAAGGCAUGAUCCGAGGUCAACCCAAUGAGUUUCUUGUCAAGUCCAUCAUGUAUCAAUCUACAACUUUACAAGAUCUCAGCCGAAGGUUCAAAUCGAAAUUCGAAAAAAAGAAGCCGAGGAUCAUAUACUUUUACGAGAUGGAGCCUUCUUUCUCACCAGAAAAGAAUGAGGAUGGACAGUGGAAGAUGACAGGUACACCGAAAAAGAUGCUUGUCGAUCGCGACUCCGCCACAGAUGGUGAAGUUUGGGGCCCAGGUCACAUUAAUACGCAUCCUCUGAAUCGUAACCAUUCGGAUUUAGUGAAGUUUAGCAGUCCAAACGAUGCAGACUUUCUGCGUGUACUGACUGAACUGAAGGUGUUGGUGGGGUAUGUCAAGAUCGGAGAGGAGGACUGA